AUGAACACAGACAUGGAUAUUCUCAAUGGAACAGACGAUUUCCCGUAUCCGAUUUCCAUCAACAGAACAGAUUUCCAAAAGUUCAACCAGAGUGAAAUCGACCAGUUCCUAUAUUCAAAUCACCGGUUCACACUGAUUGAUCUUUUGAUCAAAGAAUUGACGAAGUUAUCAGACGACUUGAACCAGAACCUCUUGGAUUUAGUGAAUACCGACUACGGCGAUUUCAUCGAACUAGGCAAGUCUAUCAAUGGCGGGCUCGAUUUGAUCAACUUGAUUCUGGGAGACUUAAAGAAUUUCCGUCUCGACUUGAUCAACUAUCACACAAAAUUUGGCGACUCAUACGAACUCAUAGACUCGUCGUUGGCUGUAAGGCAGGAGCUCAUACGAUUGAAGACUCUAGCUAAGGUCAACUUGCUCUUGAACGAUCAGGUGACCAACUUUGAAAACGCAUUAACAGUAGAAGACGCAGAACAGCCGGUGCUGGCCGCAGGGUAUGCCAAAGUAAUUCACAAACUAAAGAGCUUGACGGGCUGGUACUUGUCUAUCUCGAACUUGUACCAUUUCCUCGUGAGCCAAGAUACUCCCAAACCAUCUGAAGCAACAGUGAAAAAUGGAGCAAAUAGCGACAACAGCAGCAUCAACGGCAAUAACACUAGAAGGGCAAGUUUAUUGGCUAUCAGCACUACAUCUACAGGUAACCAAUUCAUCGAGAAUUAUCUCAACAACAAGAUCUCGUCGUUGAAGUUUGAGUUCAAGAGCUAUCUAGACGAUGUUCUUACUACAGCUAUACGGAACAAGAAAGAUCGUGAGGUGAACGAGCUCAUUCUCGAACUUUUAAAUGUGUACAAGGUGAUUGGUCAUGAGGAAGACUUGCUUACGAUUGUGAAAAGGAAUACGAAUUAG